AUGGAGUCAAAAGUAACCGCGAGUGCUUUAGAGAGUUUGAAUUGUGUUUCUACCAAAAAUGGCAACCAAACUACUGCAACUCAUCAAAGUAUGUCUCGAAUAGUCCAAUCUGAAGAUGAUGAGUCAUCAUCGUCGUCAUCAUUACCAUCAGCGUCCUCCUCACACGCAUCAUUACAGAAUGAACCGUCUCCUCCACCACAAACGAAAAUCCCUUUGUCUACCUCUAUAAUACUAGAGAAGAAAUUGCCCCUGCAACAACAACAACAAGAAAUAUUGAAUCCACAAACUAUAGAAUCGUCAAAAAUUACGAUACGGUUCGUACCUAUAGGAUCAACACCUUCAAUUCAACCUAGAGUUUUCAAAAUAUCAUCAACUCAAACCAUAUCUACAUUAAACAAGUUUCUAUGUAAAAAAUUAAAACAUAAAGGUAUACUUCAUUUAUACAUACAGAACAGCUUUAUGCCAUUACCAGAUGAAAAAAUUGGAGCAUUAUAUGGUCUUUUUAAGACAAACAAUGAAUUGAUUAUUAGCUACUGCAAUACAAUUGCGUUUGGAUGA